AUGAGGGGACAUUACUCCAUUGAGUGGCUGGCCCAGAGUAGUCGAGCAUCGGGCAGCACGAGCCCCUCGCUUCCCAACUCUUCCUGGACAUCCGUUGCGGCUGGACCCACCAUCACCUCUGGGACCCACCCUGAGAGCUUGCCUGGGUUCUACUGCCGACCGAGACCUAAGAAUCAAGAGAACCAGACAGAGAACCAGGUGAGGAGAGGACACGGGCUCAUCCUAUGCAGCAAUCCCAGCCUGGCAGGCUCUGAGACAGCUAAGAGGAGUAGCCCCCUCCACCACAAGCACCAAGUAGUGGCUGAGACUGGCUUCAUUAGUGGAACAGAGGGGGAAACGUCAGGGUACGAGAGUGAGGGCGGGCGCUCCCUCUCCCCAACCACGCCCCUGGACGGCUCCUCUUCUCCCCCUACGGGUAGGCGGCCACGUACAGCCUACACAGCGGAGCAGAUCAACAGUCUGGAGAGGGCCUUCAAGAGGAACGCUUACCUGGGAACUCGGGACAAGGUUGAGCUCUGCAAGAAACUCAACCUCUCAGACAAACAGAUCCGUAACUGGUUCCAGAACAGGCGUAUGAGGAUGAAGAGGAUGGUCCAGGACGCUCUUGCCCAAGCGUGCCAGGCUAAAGUAGCCUCUCACCUGCUGCACUACCCCGAGCUACAUGCCUACCACCAUGGCCCCUACCACCCCCAUCAUGCAGGAGCAGAGGGGGGCACUGCCACACCAUUCCUCCACCCACACUUCAGCUCAUCCACAGCCAGUCCAGCCCUGCCCAGCCUCCCCGUCCUCCCCCUGGACUCUUUCUACCAGUACUCCAGCCUCCCAGGCCUGGUGAUGCCCACUACUGGGUCAUACCAGCCUUACACUCACCAGUAUUAA